AUGGGUGCACAGCAGUCAUCUUCCACCGGGCAGGAGGAGGCCAGCAACCCGUCACUCUCCCGGACGUGCUACUAUGAACUGCUCGCCGUAGACAGACAAGCAUCAGAUGAGGAAAUAAAAAAGGCGUACCGCAGGAAAGCUCUCGAGUUACACCCGGACCGCAACAUAGACAACGUAGCCAUCGCUACGCAAAGAUUUGCAGAAGUCCAAACCGCCUAUGAGGUCUUGUCUGACCCUCAGGAAAGAGCAUGGUAUGAUUCACAUCGCGAGUCUAUACUCCAGGGAGGAGACGGGCUCGACCAGGAUGAUCAGCCCGCUACCUUUCGCAAUGUCCGCCUCACAUCCACCGAAGAGAUCCACAAUCUCAUGAGGAGAUUCAACCCGACAAUACCAUUCACUGAUGACCCCUCGGGAUUCUAUGGCAUUGCGAGGGAAACCUUUGAGCACUUGGUUCUAGAGGAGGAGGCUGCAGCCGACAUGAACGACCGUGACCUCCCAAACUAUCCAACUUUUGGUUCGUCUAACGACGAUUACGAUUCAGUCGUGAAGCCAUUUUACAAUGUUUGGGCCGGAUUUUCCACCCGAAAGACAUUCUCAUGGAAGGAUAAGUACCGGCUAUCGGAUGCUCCAGACCGUCGGGUUCGCCGCCUGAUGGAAAAAGAUAACAAAAAGACUCGAGAGGACGCCAUUCGCGACUUCAACGAUGCCGUGCGCUUCCUCGUGACUUUUGUGCGGAAGAGGGACCCCCGCUACCUUCCCAACACUCAGACACACGAGGAACGUCAAAAGACCAUGCGUUUUGCCGCGGCGUCGCAGGCGGCAAAGGCUCGAGCCGCAAAUCGAGAGAAGCUUGCGACCUACGAGGUACCGACGUGGGCGCAAUCCCAGGGGAGCGAUGCUGGGGAAGUCUACUUCCAGUCCGACGAGGAGCAUGCCGAUAAGGAAGAGGAGGAGAUGGAGAUUCUUGAAUGUGUCGUCUGCGACAAAUCCUUCAAGAGCGAGAAACAGCUACAAGUUCACGAGAAGAGCAAAAAGCACAAGAAAGCAGUACAGCAGCUUCAAUGGAAGAUGAGAAAAGAAGGCGCAGAAUUGAAUCUAGAUACCGGAAGGAGUGAGCACCAAGGACCUAAAGUCAGCACAGACGAGAAAGAAGAGAAGGGCGAGGAUGAGGGUGUUUCGCCAGAUCUGACCCCGGAAGACAGCAAAGAUGGGCAUACAGGGGAGAGCCCGUCCAAUAUUGAAGACAAGGAGACAUUGCCGGAUCCAGGCGAAGACGCAGAUCAUUCAUCGGAAGACGACGAGUAUGCACCUCGCAGCAUAGUCCAGAGCCGCUUGGUACUGAAGGAGCUCUCCUCCGACGGAGGGGACGACAAUGCUCAUGAUGAUUUAGCGGCAGCAACAGAAAAUGUCACCAUAGAUGACACCACUGCCCCGAAAAGAAUUGGAAAGGCAAAGGCCAAACGGGAGAAGAAGGCUUCCAAGGCUGCACAAAAAGGCGCGGAUACAAUGCAAGAAGGCCACGCGGCACCUGUCGCAAAAUCCAAGAGAAAAUAA